UUCCGUCGCGCGAAAUCUACGAGAGCAAUUUGAUACUUGAAGUUGUUGGAGAGCUUCAGUCAUCAGUUGUAUGACAUUUCAUAGAGUUAUAUGAGCAUAACUGCUUCCUCAGACACAGUCAUGGAGGACGAGUGGGAGGAAGAGGAGCAGCUGGUUGUGGCGGAGCUGUCUGGGAUGAUCAGCUCGGAUGUAAUCUCCAGUCGGCAGAGCACGUGUAAGAUCGUGGACAUCGACAGCGAGCAGCCCGUGAUGCAGCUGGGACGGUAUCUGUUCGCCGGGGAGUACGAGGAUGCCAUAGGAACCUGCGUGAUCUUUGAAGAGGUCGGUGCAGGUUCUAGUUCAGCUCUUAAAUACAAAGGUCACACAAUGAAGAAACUAAAGCUUCAGCGAACGUUUCUGUCGGAGAGGAAGGAGGACGAGCCCGUCUCUAGCGGAAUAGAGGUGAUGACUCUCAACGACGAAGAAUCGUUCGGCAGGAAGAGCGCAGUUUGUCACUACCUGGAUCCCUUCGACAUGGAGAAGUCUGUGCUGGACGAAUCUAACGAGUGCGAGGACCCCGAGAUGAGCGACGAAUCAGCGGCUGAGAUGGAGGAGACCGAGACCGACGCGCGAGCCGCGCUCCUGGAAGACUGAUCUCUGAUCGUGUAGAUACUGCAUCGUGUACAUAGCGGUGUAUGCUUAAUAGAAGUGGUUUUGUAUUUUGGUUGCAUAAGUCUAGUUUAUGUGUCCGUUCCAUUUGAAUAUUAUUUUAUUAAAGAUGCACAUCUAUUUCUAUCUAUGAUCCAAGUCAGUGGUUCGCUUCUGAAUCAUUCAGGUUGAACACCUUUUGCACCGCAGUAUUGUACAAUAACAGAAUGCAAUAGUGUCAAUUGUUUUAUUUAUUACUAUUAUUGAAUAGACGCUGCCUUGCUAGGAGAACAAAGCCCUGCCUAUAGCAUAGCUAAUCCAAUUAAUACAUAAUUAUUAAACACUGGUUUAUUAUUGCUUGGCA